AAAUUCUUUACUUCAUAGCCAACAGAUGGAGCGACAUAAGCGACAGACCAUAUACACCACCAAAAGUCAUUUCUAUCCAAGUCUUGUUUCAAUUGACAGAACAGUUCUCUUGACACCAAGCAACGAUAUUGUUGACAAUAAUGUUUUUGAUUCCGAACAGUUAACAAGUAGUUUGUGGGGUUUGAAAACAUUUAUUUAAGUUGAUAUGGUUUCGCAAAAUUGAGUGCAAAUUGUUUUUUACAAUGCCGGCGAACAAACGAAUAGCGGUAUGGAUGUCGGAAAAGAAGCUACAGAAAAUUAAUUGGCAAGAGCUGGUCGCUGCUUGCUCUAAACGGGGUUUCGAGGUGUUCAAACUGGAUCUCAACAAAUGCCUGAAAGAACAAGGCCCAUUUUGCGUACUACUGCAUAAACUAACAGACAUCAUUGCUUUGGCCAACCAAGGGGAUAUAAGGAGUAUUAAAAUAAUCCAGGGAAUUGAGAACUAUGUGGUAUCCGAAAAUCCGCCAGUCACAGUUCUGGACCCAAUUGCAAAAGUGAAACGGUUACUAGAUAGGUAUAACUGUUACAGCCUGAUUCACGGCACCAACUUGCACAACUACGGAGUGUUUACUCCCAACUUCUGUGUACUUAGGAACGAGGAUUUGGACAUAAUUAAGGGCGAAUUAAUACAUUCACUAGUCAAUUACCCUUUUAUAUGUAAACCAAUCCUGGGACAUGGCUCUAGACAAGCUCACGAAAUGUCGAUUAUUUUUAAUGAAAAAUAUCUCGGAGACUGCAAAACGCCCUGUGUGGCACAGAGUUUUAUCAAUCACAAUGCGAUUUUAUAUAAAAUCUUCAUAGUUGGCGACAGGCAUUGUUAUUUUGAGCGACCKUCAUUGAAGAACUUUCAAGCCAGCCAAAGAGAGUCGAUCCAUUUUGACAGCAGCGAUGUCUCAAAGGCGGAUUCAAAAAGCCGCUUGUCGGUUCUSGAUCCYGACGAUGUGAUAAAAAUUGAAGAAAGAAAUCCGGAUUCAAAAAUAAUCGAAGUUAUAGCAAAUACGCUGAGGAAGUCAUUUGGAAUGGACUUACUAGGAAUCGAUGUUGUGAUAGAAAAUACGAGUGGACGGUAUGCAAUUAUUGAUGUCAAUGCGUAUCCGGGGUACGACGGAUUUCCGAAUUUUUUUGACGCAUUGCUCGAUUGUAUUUCAAAGAAAGUUACCGCCGAUUACACUUAAGACAUUCAGUCGAGCUCAUUGCGCCACUUGAGGUGUCAAUGAUGUUUGAUUUCUAUCUGUCCUUUCCAUAACAGAUCGCACAAAGGGCUAAUUAUUUUAAAAGAACUGCCAAAAACACAUUUUCUGUAUCGUAUUGUAUAUUUGCUCUCUCUGCUCAAGCUAGCGGAUGUAUCACGUAUAAAACAAGUCUAUUUAGAAAUAAAUUUUUUAUAGCAUUGUCAA